AUGUGGUGCACACGAUGGUUUCUACCGCUUCUUCUUCUGCCUUUGCCAACAGCUCCGCCUUAUUUCCUAAUUCUGUUCCUCCUCUCACUUACUAUGCAUGCAAAGCCUUGUUUUUAUUGCAUAGUUCUGCUCACCACUCUUUUCAUCUCUUCGUGCUACUGGCAGCCGUUCCCUAUCGACAGCCCGCUUACCACUCCUUGGGCAGAUAACAUCACCACUUUCUCCGAUGCUCUCAAUGCAACACUCUCCUCAAACUACACCAAGCCUCUACCCCCCGUCAUGCGUGCUGCUGACCGUUGCUGGUGUGAUUUCUCUGGCGGUGGCUUAUUUGAACCGUUCAAUGUCUCGCGUUGGGAGUAUAACAGCGUCCGGCGACUAAGUCGUGAACUUAUUCGCCAGGCCAAGGCUGUCGAAAAAGCGAACCAGGACACACAACAAGAGUCUCCCCAAUCCAGCAUCUCAACCGAAAUUCCUACGCCUACACCUACGCGAGCUACCCUCAAUCCAGAGAACGUUUGGUGGCGCUUGUUUCACAGGCCAACACCCUCCACGAGUUCCGCAGACCCGACCAUCAACCACCCGGUAACUGCAAUGAGCACUCAGCAGCCAGCGACUAUGACGGAGCAACGAACUCAGGUUGUUUCGACUCCAGAGUCGACCACCCAACUCCCCCUUCUUCGGAAACAAUAUGACCUACGGCGGUAUGGAGUCGGGUUGAUUAUCGAUUGGAGUUGGUCAACGUAG